AUGUUUGUGGCAGCAAAAAAUCCUCAGUCCAUACUACUUUCUACGUUGCUUGUCAGUGUCGUGUCAGUCGACAAUCAGAAAUAUAUCCUCCGGGCAUUGUUGGAUACGGGCGCACAGGUUAGCUUCAUUACGAAGCAAAGUGCCGAUCGCUUAUCGUUAACCCGUCGUCGUUGUUCUACACAAGUCAGUGCUUUCUCGGGUGCCUCAGUCAGUGUCGUGUCAGGCGUCACAUCUAUUGUUCUGUCACCGGUCGGGAAGCCGGACCCGUCUGUUCCUCUCGAUGUCUUGAUUGUGUCAAAAAUCACUGACUACCUACCUCAAACAACAUUCAAUUUCACUGCGUGGCCCCAUUUAAAUAAGCUUGAGUUAGCCGACCCAAGUUUCAAUAUUCAAGGGCCCAUUGACAUUCUGCUUGGUGCAGAUGUCGCCCCAGCGAUCCUGAGUGGUGGCCGUGUUGCUGGUCACCAAUCACAUCCGACGGCGUUCGGAACUAUCUUUGGAUGGGUUUUAAUGGGACCAACGACACCAAUCACAACAAAUACAGUCACGUCGAUGUUAGUGACCACUGAAACGGCACUCGAAAACUCUCUUACUAAAUUUUGGGAAAUAGAAGAGCCACCUCAACUGCAACACCUGAGUCCCGAUGAAGUUUUAGCUGAAGAAAUAUUUUUAUCGUCCGUCAAACGUCUAACAUCUGGGCGAUUCAGUGUUGCACUACCAUUUAAACAGCCACGUCCGAUCCUCGGAGACUCGAAAGGCAUGGCACUAAAGCGACUUCACUACUUGGAGAACCGAUUAUCACGUGAUGAAGGUCUCUCAAAACAGUACCUGGAGUUUAUGACCGAUUACCUCACUAGUCAGCAUAUGGAAGUUGUUCCUAUGAACCAAAGAAUGACGCCAUACUGUUACUACAUACCACAUCACUGCGUUCUUCGUCCAGAAUGUCGUACGACAAAACUCAGGGUAGUCUUCGAUGCAUCCGCUACUACCACUGCAGGACGAACACUGAAUAGCAGUUUGUACACUGGUCGAAAACUACAACAGGAUCUACCACAGAUCCUCAUUCGUGCUCGAACCCAUAAGAUUCUGUUCACUGCGGACAUUAAACAAAUGUACCGGCAGAUUGAAAUCCACCCGGAAGAUCGUGAUUAUCUAAGAAUUCUAUGGCGCUUUGAACGUGAUAAACCUAUCGAAGAAUAUCGUUUACGCACUGUCACGUAUGGUACGUCCUGUGCACCUCAUCAGGCCUUACGCACUUUGCAGUACCUAGCCGAACUCGAAAAGAACACAUACCCCACCGCCGCUCAGAUCAUCAUGCAUGAUACGUUCGUUGACGACAUCCUUACAGGGGCCAACACCCCGGAAUCCGCGCUUGAACGUCAAGAACAAUUGAUCUCACUAUGCUCCCGAGGACACUUCCAGCUCCGGAAAUGGGCCAGUAACUCAUCCGUGGUCCUCCAAUCGAUUCCGGAAUGUGACCGAUCUAUGUCUACUGACGUUCUGUUCGAUGACGAGUUGGAAGCCGGGUUGAAAAUCCUCGGCAUGCGGUGGAACCCGAAACAGGACCAUUUCUCCUAUUCCGUCCAGCGUCCUAGCACAAAACCUACCAAACGCUCGAUUCUAUCGGAUCUCGCUCGCAUCUUCGACCCGCUUGGUCUCCUUGCACCGACCACCUUCUUAGCAAAACAUUUAAUGCAGUUGCUAUGGACGUCUGGGAUCGGAUGGGACGACCCAAUUCCUGAACAGAUUCUUACAAUCUGGCAGCGGUAUCAAUGCGACCUGAAAAUUAUCCAGAAUUUGAGUGUUCCACGCCGAAUCACCAUGGACGGAGAAGUCAAAUACGAACUCCAUGCAUUUUCAGACAGUUCUGAGAAAGGAUACGCGGCAGCCGUAUAUCUGCGUUGUGAGCACCGAGAAGGAAUUAAAUGCCAUCUUAUCACCGCGAAAUCAAAAGUUGCACCCCUAAAACGAGUAACCAUUCCCCGUCUCGAGUUGUGUGGAGCUGUGUUGGCCGCUCAACUGCUACACUAUGUGCAUGAAGUCCUCAAGUCUGUCCUCUCCGUCGAAGCGAUGCAUGCCUGGAUCGAUUCGACUACCACUCUCGCGUGGAUAAAAUCUUCACCACAUAGGUGGGCUACAUUCGUCGCAAACAGAACCAGCCAGCUUCAGAGUCUCACACCACCAUCGCUGUGGCGUUACGUCCCAACCGGUCAAAAUCCAGUUGACUGUGCGUCUCGUGGACUCUACCCAACAGAAUUAAUGCAACAUUCAAUGUGGUGGAACGGACCUGCUUUCCUGUCCAAGGAAGACAGUGAGUGGCCACCAUGUUCCACACUCAGCGCGUCACAUACGACUGACCUCGAAAUCCGACACACUUCUCUUUUGUUAACCUCAUCCACUACCAUCUUCGACCAACUGUUUCUUCGGAUUUCUUCACUGCAAAAAAUUAUCCGCAUCGUCGCAUACUGUAUACGAGUCGUUGUACGAAUUAAGCAAAGCACCAGAAACCUGUCGCCUGUGGAGCUAGCUCACUCUUUGAAAGUCAUCAUACUUGCCGUGCAACAAGACGCAUUUGCCGAUGAACUUAAACGGCUCCGAGAUUCAAAUAACAAAAGUACCAGUAAACUCCGUGGCCUAAAUCCAUUCAUUGAUGAACGUGAAAUUCUUCGAGUUGGAGGUCGAUUAGUUCACGCGGACAUUCCCUAUGAACAGAAACAUCCCAUACUCUUGCCACGCUCACAUCGAUUCACAGAUCUGCUCAUCGACGACUUCCAUUUACAACAUAAACAUCCUGGAGCUACCACACUACAAUCCAUCAUUCAACAACAAUAUUGGAUCAUCGCUAGUCGACAAGUCAUCAAAUCUCGACUCCGACUCUGCAUCGCUUGUUACAGACUCCGUCCUCGUAGCGUUCAGCCAAUCAUGGGGAACCUACCAAAGUUUCGGCUACAGCAAAUCAAACCAUUUGUCGUCACAGGAGUUGACUAUGCCGGACCAAUAACUUUGAAAACGUCAACCACUCGCCGAGCUAUCCCGUGCCAAGCGUACAUAUGUCUCUUUGUCUGCAUGACAACAAAAGCACUACAUUUGGAACUAGCUUCGGAUCUAUCCACAGAAGUGUUUUUGAUGGCCAUGUGUCGGUUCAUCUCCCGUCGUGGCCCUGUUGAACAAAUACAUAGCGACUGUGGCACGAACUUCGUGGGUGCAGCAAACUUGUUCCAGACCGUUGACAAUUUCACUCGAUCCACAGAGUACCAGACAAAAUGCCGAGACUACCUCGCUAAACGUAACAUCAGCUGGCAUUUCAACCCCCCAUCUGCCCCUCACUUCGGAGGACUGUGGGAGGCUGGAGUGAAAUCGGUCAAGACGUUGCUGUAUCGAACUCUCGGGCUCCAACGACUAAAAUACGAGGAACUUGCCACAUUACUCAGUCGAAUCGAAGCGACAUUAAACUCAAGACCAUUAGGUGCGCUGAGUCAUGACCCUCGUGACUUCGAAGCGCUUACGCCUAGUCAUUUCUUAACUCUGAUGCCCAGCACGGCGAUUGUUGAACCAAACUUAGACUCAGUCCCGCUAUCACGCCUCCAGCGCUGGAGACUCAUAAAGGAUCUACACACACAUUUCUGGAAACGUUGGCAGUGUGACUACUUGCAGACCCUACAACGUCGAACCAAAUGGACACAAAAUCAAGAGAACAUCAAGGUGGAUACACUUGUCCUCAUUCGAGAACCAACCACGACCUUAAGCUGGAGACUCGGCCGAAUCACUCAACUUCACCCUGGUCUGGACGGUGUAGUUCGAGUAGCAACGGUUCAAACAGCAAACGGCCUCCUCAAACGACCAACAGUGAAGCUAUGUCCACUACCUAUAUGUUGA